AAACACAAUCUACAAUCAUCUCUCUCAAAAUAUUCAAACACAAAAUAACAGCAAUGGCCUCAUUAGCUGGAAACAAGCUGUUGUUCAUGGUGGUGUUGCUGAUGGGGAUCUAUGCUUAUGGAGCCUUCUCUGCAAGAUCCUCGAUGCCUCCCGUUAGUAGCAUCAACCAACGGUUCGAAGCAUGGAUUGCUCAGUAUGGACGAGUCUAUGCAGACGCAGGAGAGAAGGCCAGGCGCUUCAGCAUCUUUAAAAAGAACGUGGCCUUCAUUCAUCACAACAACAAGUUCGCGAACAAGACAUACAAGCUUGCUGUCAAUCAGUUUGCUGACCUGACCAACAAGGAAUUCAGGGCUGCUAAAACUGGAUUCAAGAAACCUGUGAAUCUCAUCCACCCUGGAUUAUCAUCAUUCAGAUAUGGAAAUGUGAGUUCAGUGCCAGACACCAUGGACUGGAGAACCCAAGGAGCUGUGAAUCCAAUCAAGGAUCAAGGCCAAUGUGGAAGCUGUUGGGCAUUCUCUGCUGUGGCAGCAGUGGAAGGAAUCACAAAGAUCUCAACGGGGAAGCUGGUCUCUCUCUCAGAACAAGAAUUGGUUGAUUGUGACAGGACAACUAAUGACCAAGGCUGCAAUGGUGGCUUCAUGGAUGAUGCUUUUCAAUUUGUCAAAACUAAGGGCCUCACCACUGAAACAAAGUACCCUUACUCAGCAGCAGACGGAACCUGCAGCACAGCCAAGACAACCUCUCCUGCGGCCAAGAUCAGUGGAUAUGAAGAUGUGCCUGCAAACAACGAGGAUGCAUUGCUAAAGGCCGCGGCCAACCAACCUAUCGCGGUGGCCAUUGAUGCUAGUGGCUCUGCGUUCCAGUUCUACUCGAGUGGAGUGUUCACUGGAGACUGUGGAACCGAUUUGGACCAUGGAGUGGCUGUGGUAGGGUAUGGCACGAGUGGGGAUGGUACAAAGUACUGGCUGGUAAGGAAUUCAUGGGGGACUAGCUGGGGAGACCAAGGUUACAUCAAAAUGCAUCGUGACAUUGGCGCCAAAGAAGGCCUAUGUGGCAUUGCUAUGUCAGCUUCUUAUCCUAUUGCAUAAAGCAUAGGAAAAAACUGGAAUCUACAUU